AUGCGGUCAGAGCGGGCUAGUCGUGUGUGUAUCGUGGUGCUGGAGGAGGUGGAGGAGGAUGAGCCCUCCUCUUCGCCCCCACCUCCCCGGCCCAAAUCAUCCCCAGACCGCAGAUCCCAUCAUGCCUCUCGAAGGGCUGCCGCUCAGGAGGACAAGCCGUCUCUGUUAAGAGCCAUCUUCAACGUGGACCCGGAUGAAGUUCGCUCCCUCAUAUUCAAGAAAGAGGAUGUCAACAUUCAGGACAACGAGAAGAGGACGCCUCUGCAUGCUGCAGCCUACCUGGGAGACGCUGAGAUCAUUGAACUGCUCAUCCUCUCGGGAGCCAGAGUUAAUGCCAAAGAUAACAAGUGGCUGACUCCUCUUCACCGAGCUGUCGCAUCUUGUAGUGAGGAUGCUGUGGCAGUGUUGCUGAAGCACAGUGCGGAUGUGAACGCCCGAGACAAGAACUGGCAGACGCCGCUCCACAUUGCAGCUAGCAACAAGGCAGUGCGUUGUGCCGAGGCUCUGGUCCCGCUGCUUAGCAACGUCAACGUGUCUGACCGGGCGGGACGCACUGCCCUGCACCACGCUGCCUUCAGUGGACAUGUAGAGAUGGUGAAGCUGCUGCUGUCCAGAGGAGCCAAUAUUAAUGCAUUUGACAAGAAGGACAGGAGAGCCAUCCACUGGGCAGCCUACAUGGGUCACCUGGAGGUGGUGAAGUUAUUGGUGGCCAGUGGAGCAGAGGUUGACUGUAAGGACAAAAAAGCCUACACCCCGCUCCAUGCAGCCGCCUCCAGUGGCAUGAGCAGCACAGUGCAUUACCUGCUGAGCCUGGGGGUCCACGUCAACGAGGUGAACGGCUAUGGCAACACUCCACUCCAUUUGGCCUGUUACAAUGGACAGGACGUGGUGGUCAGUGAGCUCAUCGAGGCAGGGGCCAACGUCAACCAGGUGAAUGAGAGGGGUUUUUCUGCUCUCCACUUUGCCUCCUCAUCACGCCAGGGGGCGCUGUGCCAGGAGCUGCUGUUGGCCCACGGAGCCCACAUCAACAUGCGGAGUAAGGAUGGUAAGACUCCCCUUCACAUGGCAGCUACCCAUGGAAGGUUCUCCUGCUCUCAGGCCCUCAUUCAAAAUGGAGCUGAGAUUGAUUGUGAGGACAAGAGCAGAAACACAGCCCUUCACAUCUCUGCCCGUUAUGGCCAUGAGCUCAUCAUCACUGCACUCAUCAAACACGGAGCCAACACCGCCAAGAGAGGCAUUCACGGGAUGUUCCCUCUACACCUGGCAGCUCUCAGCGGCUUCUCGGAUUGCUGCAGGAAGCUGCUGUCCUCAGGGUUUGACAUAGACACCCCUGAUGACUUUGGAAGGACCUGUCUACAUGCUGCUGCAGCUGGAGGGAACCUGGAGUGUCUGAACCUGCUGUUAAACAUAGGAGCGGACUUUAACAGGAAAGACAACUUUGGAAGGACUCCACUACACUAUGCAUCAGCCAACUGUAACUACCACUGUGUGUUUGCCUUGGUGGGCUCCGGGGCUAGCAUCAAUGAGCUGGACCAGCGAGGCUGCAGCCCCCUGCACUACGCUGCUGCAGCUGACACUGAUGGAAAAUGUGUGGAGUACCUGUUGAGGAACGAUGCUGAUCCAGGAGUGCGAGACAAACAGGGUUACAGUGCAGUGCACUAUGCAUCAGCUUACGGACGCACACUCUGCCUGGAACUGAUGGCAAGUGAGACACCUCUUGAUGUGUUAAUGGAGACAUCAGGAACAGACAUCCUGAGUGAAUCAGAGAGCCAGGCACCCGUUAGUCCACUCCACCUGGCGGCUUACCAUGGACACUGUGGAGCUUUAGAGGUGCUCUUGUCAUCCCUGCUGGAGGUGGAUGUUAGCAGCCCAGAGGGCCGGACCCCCCUCAGCCUGGCCUGCUCCAAGGGUCACCAGGAGUGUGUCUCUCUGCUGCUGCACCAUGGCUCCUCACCCAUGACCCGUGACUACACGCACAAAAAGACAGCCAUACAUGCUGCAGCUAUGAAUGGCCACCCAGAGUGCCUGCGCCUGCUCAUGAGCAACAACGACCAACAAAUUAAUGUGGACGUACAAGACACCAACGGACAGACGCCUCUGAUGUUGGCAGUGCUGAACGGACACACAGAGUGUGUGUACUCUCUACUCAGUCAAGGAGCCAGCGUAGAGAAUCAGGACCGCUGGGGGAGGACGGCAUUACACCGAGGGGCGGUGACAGGACAGGAGGAGAGUGUAGAGGCCCUGCUCCAGCGGGGGGCCAGUGUGUGUGUCGGAGACAUCCGGGGCCGCUCCCCUGUUCACCUGGCGUCCGCUUGCGGCCGUGUGGGGGUCCUGGGUGCCCUGCUGCAGGCCACCACCACCACCACCACCUCAAACACUGACACACACCUCACUGACAACCAGGGCUACACACCACUGCACUGGGCCUGCUACAACGGAUAUGAUGCUUGUGUGGAGGUGUUGUUGGAUCAGGAGGUGUUCAAGAAGAUUAAGGGCAACUCUUUCAGUCCACUGCAUUGUGCUGUUAUGAGCGAUAACGAGGGAGUGGCUGAGAUGUUAAUUGACUCCAUGGGAACAACUAUCGUCAACACGACUGACUCCAAGGGCAGGACGCCACUUCACGCUGCGGCUUUUUCCGACCACGUGGAGUGCGUGUCCCUUCUGCUGAGCCACGGCGCUCAGGCUAACGUAGUCGACACAGACGCGCGCAGCACACCGCUGAUGAUGGCAGCUCUAAACGGACAGACCAACACUGUGGAGAUGUUGGUGAGCAGUGCUAAAGCAGACUUCACACUACAGGAUACAGACAGGAACACAGCAUUACAUCUGGCUUGCAGCAAGGGUCAUGAGACGAGCGCCUUGUUGAUUCUAGAGAAGAUCAGCGACAAGAACCUCAUCAACAGCACCAACACUGCUCUCCAGACGCCCCUGCACGUAGCAGCCAGGAAGGGAUUGACAGUGGUGGUCCAGGAGCUGCUGGGGAAAGGAGCCAGUGUGUUAGCGGUGGACGAGAACGGUUACACUCCAGCUCUGGCCUGCGCUCCCAACCGUGAUGUGGCAGACUGUCUGGCGCUCAUCCUCAACUCCAUGAUGCCCACCUCCCCUAUGGUUACCAUAGCAGCUUUGCCUGAUCAUUCUCAUACACAGACAGUCAUCAACCACCACCCCACCAACAACCACGUCUCCAAAGGCGUGGCCUUUGACACCCCUCCCUCUCUGAGGCCUGACCAUGUGGCUUACUGCAGACCGGAGCGCCCGCUGUCCUCCUCCGUCACUGGGGACGAUGAACUGAACGACUCCGAUUCAGAGACGUACUGA